ACUAGUCACUGUGUUAUCUCUUGCAUCCUCAAAUUGAAUAUGUAAUUUAAAAGGGGGUUUUUAAACCCUUUUUUUUCCUUUCUUUUCAAUUUUGAAUUGCUGCCGUUUUGGUUUCUCAAUUUAAAGAUCGAUCAAUGCCCGAGUAUUGCUUCACCAACUAUCCAGUGGGAAACAUCAGGACAAUCGAAGCUGUUUGGGUUUUGUUCUCAGAAAAAGAGAGUUUUUCGUUCAAUUGAUUGAUUGCUUUGGAAUUCUGCUUUUCCAUGGCGCCGGGCCGGAAAAGAGGCGGCGGAAGCAAAGCUGCUUCCGCCAGGAGACAGUGGAAGAUAGGGGAUCUCGUGCUUGCUAAGGUCAAAGGCUUCCCAGCCUGGCCUGCAACUGUAAGUGAGCCCGAGAAGUGGGGCUAUCCUCCUGACUGGAAGAAGGUGCUUGUCUACUUUUUUGGGACUCAACAAAUAGCUUUUUGCAACCCCUCUGAUGUUGAAGCUUUCACAGAAGAGAAGAAAGAAUCUCUUGUCGGAAAACGUCAUGGGAAAGGUGCAGAUUUUGCUCGUGCUCUGCGGGAGAUAAUUGACUGCUAUGAGAAGUUGAAAAAGGAGUCAACUAGAAGUGAUCUGAUGUAUGAAAUGCCGACAGAAACACACAGUUGUCAAACAAUGAAACAGGUCGUUGGAGAUUCAAGUGGUCGAAACUGUUCAACUAAAAUUGGUACGACUGGAGCUGUAGAGGAAAUAUCAUUUGAUGAACAAAUGCCGUCAAAAGAGCCUAAUGGUAUGGUUGAAGGUAUGCAUUUUAGUAACACUCCCUCAAGAAGGAAACUCGACUCUUUGAGACCACGUAUUUGUACCACACAAAAAAGAUCAUCUAGUAGUUCUUUGAGAAAUGACACUUUGAGGAGGAGUCAAAGGACUAGGAAGUUAUUAGAUGAUGCUAACAUGGAUGGGGUAGGUUCUCCCACAUCCUUUUCAAAUGAUAGUUUUGAAGAGAUAGAUUCUGAAAUUGUUACAGCAGAUUCUGAUUCCUCAAGCUUCAAUGAGGGCAGCAGUGUAGAGUCUGGUUGCAAACUUGAACCUAGGUCCCUGGAGCAUUGUGAAGGGGAGGUAGAGUUUGACCACAAGCUUGAUUUCCGUGGUAAUGCUGUAAUACUUAAGAAGAAGAGGAAACCAAAUAGAAAGAGAUUUCCUAAUGUUUCAACUGCUGCUACUGCAGAUCCUUUUAAAGAAACAAUUUCUGAAACACAGAUGGUUGUAUCUGGACAUAAAGUGUUGAAUAAUGUUGAGAAGCCAACUGAAAGUUUUGUAAAGAGUAUCAAGGAAGAUGGUGAUGAGCACCUGCCACUUUUCAAAAGAGCCAGAGUUCGCAUGAGUAGGGCAUCACCUGUGAAGGAACUUGAUGUUUCUGUGCAGGUAGAGGAUAAAAGGACAGAAGUGUGUAAUGCCCCUAGAGAGCAGUGUACUCUGUCAUUCCAUGAAGGCGAUAGUUCUAUUGCUCAAAAUUUACCCACAUCGAAUACAAGCCCUGUCAAAGUGGAACAAUUUUGCACUAAAAAAUUUGGUGGUUCAGUUGCUGGUGAGUCUGCUUUACCUCCGUCUAAACGUCUUCACCGUGCUUUGCAGGCCAUGUCGGCUAACACUUCUGAAGACAAUCAAAGAAAUUUCGGGGGCCUAUCAAAAAUUAAUAAUUCAAUCGGUGGAUGCUCUUCUGUGGGCUAUUGCAGUGGGUCAUUAGAUAGUUGCGAUGUAGAUAAUGAAUCUGGAAAGGAGAGAGUGGAGAAACUUCUGAUAAAUGCUUCAAAUGAUGAUUCCACUCAGCUUACGACAGGAACUGCAGUGCCAGCAGACAUCCUUGAAAUCAAGCCAGCUAAUGUUGGGGAGAUACAAGCCAAGGUGGAAUCACGUAAUGGAGACUUGGUGAAGAUCUCAAUAAACCACAGUGAUAUGCCAUCAGCUCCAGUUGUAUGUGUCAAUGACAACCAUAAAUUCGACGGUUCUGAUUUCUCAAAGCCUUCUGGCAAGUCCGCUUGUGAAACCCACCCGUUGUGCUCAGAUUCUUUUGAAAGUAAUAAAAUUGCCACAAAUUUGUCCAAAAUAAACGACAUCGCUCAUAUGCUUGCAUUGGAGGUUAAAUGUGGUGAAACUAACAGUGUGAGUCAACAUUCAUUGGAUGAGACUAAACGAGACAAUGAAAUAUCCAAGGCCGAAGAGGGCAUCAGAAUGAUACUGAAGGAUGCAAGUGCUAUAUCCCCACCUGAAAAUAUAAUGAGUUCUUUACAUCAAGAGAUGCAUCUGUCUUGUUCAAGUUCUAUUUCUGACGAUCAAUUGGGUGAAAAACCUGUAUCAAUUACCUUAUCAUCGUCGUCUCUUACCGAGGGGUUGGAUUCAAGUGCACGAGCAUCUCCUCCGAAUACUUCAGUAUGCAAUACGUCUAAAUCAGAUGGUUUUGUCCUUGAUAAACCAAAGGUUGCAGACAAAGUGAGCAGCAAAAGAGAAGCUAGUGCUGCUCUAGCCUAUUUUGAAUCCAUUUUAGGAGCACUGACUCGGACUAAGGAAAGCAUUGGUCGUGCAACACGUGUUGCUAUAGACUGUGCUAAAUUUGGUGUUGCCACUAAGGUAGUUGAAAUUCUUUCCUCUGUUUUGGAAUGUGAGUCCAGUUUACAUAGAAGAGUGGAUUUGUUUUUUCUAGUGGAUUCUAUUGUUCAGAGUUCAAGAAGCUUGAAAGGUGAUAUUGGAGCUAUAUAUCCUUUAGCUAUUCAAACAGUUUUGCCACGUAUGUUAGCAGCAGCAGCUCCUCCUGGAAGUUGUUCCCUAGAAAACCAGAGGCAGUGCUUAAAAGUGUUGAAGGUUUGGCAGGAAAGAAGGUUACUUCCUGAAUCAGUCAUUCGCCCUCACAUCACAGAGCUGGAGUCGUUAUCUAGUUUUUCUUCUGGUGGUGUAGUCUCUCGGCGCUCUUUAAGAACAGAGCGGACUUUUGACGAUCCACUUAGAGAAAUGGAUGGCAUGAUGGUUAAUGAAUAUGGAAGCAACUCAAGUAUUCAGCUCCCUGGCUUUUGUAUGCCUCCCAUGCUAAAGGCUGCAGUUGACUCUGAUGGAGAGGGUUUUGAGGCUGUUACUCCUGAGCACACUGCCACAGAAUCUGAAGGGCAGGAAUAUGUUGUCCAAAGCAUUGAUAAGCAUCGAUGUAUAUUGGAAGCAGUUGAAGGUGAACUUGAAAUGGAGGAUGUGGCUCCUCCUAAUGAAGAUGAAAUUCCUGCCAUUAGUAAUGGUCCUAGAAUGGACACAGAACAGGUUUCAGAUUACCCAGUCAUAAAUCAUGUACAAACUCAACCACCAUUCCCGAAGGAUUUACCUGUAACUACGCCUACUAUACACAACAGGGGUGUCGGUGGGGGAGGCAGAAACGGUGGUGGCGGGGAAGGUAGAGACAGUGGUGGUGGGGAAGGCGGAGACGGUGGUGGAGACGGAGGCAGAAAUGGUGGUGGAGGGAGGGUCGGAGGUGGAGGAGGAGGUGGGGAAGGUGGCCGUGGACGAUCAAAACAAAGAGGACAACGUAGACUGAGCUAUAGAUUAGGCGUGCAUUCAAAGUUCUCUUCAAGUUCAGAGAUCAAGAAAGACAUUUUAGAAGAAUCUGCUCUGCAAAAACCUAUCAAAGCAAGAGCUGAACCAAGAAUUUCAGAUGCAGAUCAACAUCAAGCUGCUGACAGGAGAGGAAUCCAUCCAUUCAGUAGUGAAUCUGCUCGUCAUCAAUCUGUUUGGACAGCCAAUAACUUGCCACCGGCCGAUGGAACCUUUAAAAAGAACUCCCGAUUGCGUCCGCCACAUCCUGCCCCGUCAAACCAAUUCUCCUAUAUUCAGACUGAUCAGCAAGCUCAAGCAACAAGGAAUGCUCACCAUUCUUAUCCUAACAGAUUUCAUCAUGCGCAUAAUAACAUUGAUAAUGUUGAUCUCUACAGAGGUCGUGAUGCUGGAGAGUACUGGAGGAGCUCGAGUCUGCAUUCUGGCACAUGCUACGAGGACUGUGACAGAGUCCCUUACGACGCUGGUCCGUAUACUUCACCGCGCCACAGGGGAUAUCGUGAUCACAGAUGGGCUCACCACCCGUCGCGGCCCAUGAACUAUAGAGAAUUCCUGCCCCAUAGAAUACACUCGGAAGGCCCAUUCCCAAUAACAAAUAGAGGUUCCAAGUAUUGGAGACCAAGAUAGAGUCGCAAAACCCCCGUACCUCUACUGUUUAUGGUACUCACCCCUUCCUAUCGCAUUAUCAACUACUCUAUCUGUCCCAAAAAAAGACGACUCAUUUCUUUUUUUCGGAAGGGCCAAAAAUCUUUCCAUUUUUGGCAACUUUUGUGAGGGCCAACAUCAUUGUGCCAAACCCAAUUAGACGUCUUUUUUUGGGACGGAGUGAGUAUUUAGUAAACACCUGGAGUACAAAAAUAACGGCGCAUCAGGGCCCCGCUUGAUGAUUGCAUAAUUGAAAUCUGGAUUUUCCUUGUGUUUUGCAGCCUCUGAUAAAAAUGUGGGGUAUGAUAUCUCUGUCUGUUAUUCCCAGUUUGCCCUUUGUCUGUACAUACACCAUUCCAUCACCAAUAUAAAUAUGUGAUGUAGACUAGAACAACUGAACAAGUGAGCCAAACCCCACAUCAUGUCAAAGGCAUCAAGUUUCUUCCAUAGAGUUGUAACAUAAUCUUUAGGCAGCGGACUUGUUUUUGUAAAUGCUGUACCCUUUUUUUCUUUGUUAUUUUCCAAUACGGAGUGUUUCAUUUUUUAGUGUGCUAGAAUUUUUAUUUUAUACUCUCAGUUCUUAGAGUUGCUGUUUUUUCCGUCUUGUAACUGUUCUCGUGUAUUCCCGCAUUUAAUGUCAAAAGAUUAUUUAAUAAUCCAUGAAGUUUAUU